CAGUGACUUCCACUGCUAGACUAAAGGAAACAAGAAAGAUAAAGAACAAAGCAAAAUACAAGCUUUUUUUCCUUAACCCUAAACACAGCAGAUUUUACUUUUGCAAGUGGGAAAGGUAGGGAUAGUACAUUUUCAGACAUUGUCCAUGGAAUACCACUCGUGUAUCUUCUUGAGGUGUGAGGCAGCUUUGUGUUUUUGACUUUUAAGCAUUAUUCUAAUUUUUUUUAAAUCAUCAGUAUUCCUCAAAAUAUCUGAGUACUGAAUUCCCUUACUGAAUUACUUUUAUAAAGACGAAGCUCCCCUAAGGAGGUUGGAGUGAAUCAGUCUUUGUCAAAGAGGAAAAGAGGGGAAAACUUCUCUUGUCAUCUGGAUACUUCAUUGGCGCAAGGGCAGAAUGGUGUGCUUGAGCUUCUUGAUAAGCCACAUGUUGCUGCUGUCUCUAGCAGAAGCUGAAAAGCUGUACCACAGCCGGGAUCACUCAGAUAUUCAGCUCUCCCCUGGGAGUCAAGCUGGCCCAAUCCUGACUUCAAAGUUUGCAAAGCAAUAUCUAGAUAGGUAUGGAUGGAUUAAGCCUGUAAAUUGGGAGUCAUUGGAGUACCAUGAUGUACCGAUACCCCGAGAAGAAGAUCCUGCCCCUCCAGACAUCCUGUCCUUUAUAUCAGAAGGGCGGUCAAUGGGAAGGUACAUCGAUGAACCACCACCCACAGAGCUCACUCCAGACCCAAGCUUCAUCAAGGCUCUCAAGCGCUUCCAGGAGGCCAACAGCCUGCCUGUGACGGGUCUCCUUGACAGUGUCACCAAGGUGGCUAUGAAUAGACCCAGAUGUGGUGUGCCAGAUCACAAAGCCUCACCAGAAGUGAAAAGUCCAGAACAUUCCAACAUAGUCAAUGGGAACUCAACUGCUCUUGCAAGUCAUCUCAGUGCUGGCAAUGACACAGUCAUAAAGAGCUUCGACCAAUCGGAUGAUACUAGUACCUCCAAUUACAACACCAACAACAGCAUGGGGCACCACAGAGAGAAACGCUUUCUCCAGAGGCUGGUAGAUUAUUCACACAGGAAACACAGAGCUGCAGACUACAUUGACAACAACACCAAUGGGCUAGGAUUCUCCAAGGCUACUCUUAAAUGGAGGCUUCUCGGGGAGGGCUACAGUGCCUGGCUCCCUAUUGAUGACCAAAGGUACACCCUGAAACAGGCUUUCCGAAUGUGGAGUGAGGUAAUGCCCCUGAAUUUUGAAGAGGAUCUUACCUCCCUGGCCAGUCAAAUUGACAUCAAGCUGGGCUUUGGGACCCGAAGGCACCUUGGCUGCUCCCAGGCUUUUGAUGGCACAGGGCAGGUAUUUGCACAUGCCUGGCACUUGGGGGAUAUACAUUUUGAUGACGAUGAGCAUUUUGUGCCCCCCAAGAGCGAUCAAGGAAUAAGCCUACUAAAGGUGGCGGUGCAUGAAAUAGGCCAUGUCCUCGGACUGUCCCAUAUCAACAGGCCAGGCUCUGUAAUGCAGGCCAACUACAUACCUCAGGAUGCUAAUCUAGAACUUGACUGGAUGGACAGGAAGGCUAUUCAACAAAUAUAUGGUGCCUGUGAGAACAGUUUCAGCACAGUUUUUGACUGGGUCUACAAAGAGAUGAACCAGUUUGGAGAGCUGGCUUACCGCUUCAACACCUACUUUUUCCGGAACAGCUGGUACUGGAUGUACGAGAACCGCAACAACAGAACUCGCUAUGGUGAUCCCAAUGUACUAGGUGUAGGGUGGCGUGGGAUACCGUCCUCUGACAUAGACGGAUUUGUCCACAUUUGGACAUGGAAUAAAGAUUACACUCUUUUCUUUAAAGGCACACAGUACUGGCGAUAUGACAGUGAGAAUGAUCAGGCUUAUACUGAAGAUCCUCAAGGAGAAGCAUACCCUAAACUCAUAAGUGACGGCUUCCCAGAAAUCCCUAGCCCCAUCGACUCAGCCUUCUUCGACAAACGGGAUCACAACAUCUAUUUCUUUAGGGGAAACAAUGUCACUGCCUUCAAUGUCGAGCUCGGUAGUAGGGUUGCUGGCUACCCCAGGCGGAUUGUUGAUGUUUUCCCUGCGGUUGUGGCUGAUGAUCACCCGGUGGGCAACCUGAAUGCCGUCUACUUCUCUUAUUACAACCAGGCAAUCUACUUCUUCAAAGACAGGGUCUUCUGGAAGAUGGUGGAUGACAAAGAGCGACUCGCCAACCCAGCUCUGCCAUACAACGGUCUACUACCUCACCACAAGAUAAGUGAGCAGUGGUUUGACAUCUGCGAUGUUCACCCAUCCAUGCUCAACGUGGUUUCAACCAGUACAGCUAACAAUUAAAAAUACGAUAAACAAUGAAAACAUUUCAAAGCUGGUCCAAUCUGGCAUCAAAAGAUUCAGGUUUUAGUUAUGACCAGGCCGUAAUUAGUAAUUUGGGACACAAAUUAAAGCUUUUGUGGGAUGUGGUGUUUUGGUGCAGAACGGCUGCUGUAAUCUGUGCUACAAGGGAUUGUAGUAGUCUGCAAUAGAGCUGGACAUCAGUAGGUGCUUGAUUGCUUGGUGGUCUACUGUUUGUUAAGCCCUUUUGUAACAUUAGGUUUGAUUCUCAAAGCUAUUUACUCCAAAUCGCCAUUAGUGCCAUUUCUCAGAAGAAAAAAAAAACAUCAAUUACAAUUAAUGAAAACAGCUUAAGACUAGUAACAAGCACCAACAUUAAGCGUCUGGCUUAGUUUUCUGGUUUGGUAACUUUAUUGUGAGUUUUUCCUUUCUGAAAAAAAAAUUGUGCUCAUGACAAUUUGGAGCAAAGUGCUCCGAGAAGCCCAUUAUGUCCUGUAUUAUGUAAUGGGCCCUAUUUUUUUUAAAAUAUUAAUAAAAUUAUGUUUUAUCCCCAAAGAACUAUAAUUGUUAAAAGGAACCAACAAACAGUUUUAUGGAUAUCAAACGUUAUUUUAUCCAUUGCAAAAUAUUUUUAAAAUAUGUUUCUUACACAUUGAAUGUGAAUGCCCGUAAUCCUUUCAGAUCUCAUAGAAGUUUGUUUGACAGUAUUCAGGGAUUGGCCUGUACAAUUUCUGACUUCUAUUAUGAAAUCUUUUUGCACGAUACAAUCCUAACUCUAACCCUAGCCCUUUUCUGAUAUAAUUGUGUACUUACAUAUAUCGUGCAAAAAGAUUUACCCAUUAAGUAAUUUGUAUCUAUGCUUAAUAACAUUUAAAUUAAGUGUAAAUAUUGUAAGGCAGAAUGAUAUAUUCACCCUCUAAUUGAGCAUAGACAUUACUAUAUACUAUUCUCAAAAUAUUCCUUAAAUUCAAGUCAAAGGAUUUUUUUUGUGAAAAAUUUUCACAGUAAUUUGUCUGUGAAUACUGGCGUUUUUAUGAACUCAUUAAUAUCCAUACAUAAUUAACACAAAAUAUUAUAAAUAUUAUUGAUUCAAAACUUACUUAAGAAUCAAUAGUGAUAUUUGUGUACUUCUAUUUUUAUAUUAUCAAAUGAAAUAGCUUAACAGUGAUGAGUGGUGUCUUUUAGGCCUGAGAAACUUCCAGAAAUACAGUAAAGUGUGUGUUAUACAUUUUUAAAUAUAGUUUACUGUCUAUAUGCUGUAUGUGCUAUUUAGUGUGUGUUUUUUCUAUCAAGGCAUCCUAUCCUUACUUUGACAAAAACACAUACUGUAUAUGAUAAUUAAGGAAGCCCUGUAAAAAUAGUAAAUGUAGCAUUGCCACCUGAACGACAAUAAGCAGUCACUGUCUCUGAGGAGAUUUUUAUUUUAUUUUUAUUUUUUUCUGCCAAUGGCAGUACUAUUGAAUAAGCAGCAAGAAACGUUCAUUCAUUUUGGUGACUGCUGUUGCUGGUUCACUAUUUAUGUAAUGCAUGUGAUUUACACUAUUAAAACUAUACCCAUAAUAACAACUACGGUAUUUUAAUACCUACAAAAGUGCAAAACAUAUUACCUCACUUUCUGUAAAAACAUGUAUUAGCUGCAUGUGGAAUUAUCACAAUUACCUGUCAGUUCUAAGCUGUUUUGCCCACCAGGAGCGGUCUUUUCAUUUUAGUAUUUCUGUAACAGUGUUUACUGCUGUUAGCACCUGACAAGUGGCUGGCAAGCCAUGCACUUACUGUAUGUACACAAAUCUUUAUGAAUAAAUUAAAUCGUUUUGAAGCCAGAUCCCUGUGUUUUGGGUUACUUUCAACAGCAGAAUUAUGGGGGGGAAACAUAUCUUACUUGUUGUUUAAAGGGAUCAUUGUAGCAUGUUACUAUUGAAAGAGUACACUAUGAGGCUUACAUUCUGUUUCAGGUACCUGAAGUACUUUUAGAGGCAACAAGCCACCUAGGGCAAGCUUAACACAGGAUUCUCAGAGACAUGCCCCCAUACAAAAAAAAAAAAAAAAAAAAAAAAA